AUGGCGGCAGGGUCCACUACGCUGCCCGCAGUGGAGAAGCUGCAGGUGCGUCUGGCCACUAAGACGGACCCGAAAAAGCUAGAGAAAUAUUUGCAGAAACUCUCCGCCUUGCCCAUGACGGCAGACAUCCUGGCGGAGACUGGAAUCAGAAAGACGGUGAAGCGCCUGCGGAAGCACCAGCACGUGGGCGACUUUGCCAGAGACUUGGCGGCCCGGUGGAAGAAGCUGGUGCUCGUGGACCGAAACCCCGGGCCUGACCCACAGGACCCUGAGGAGAGCGCUUCCCGACAGCGCUUCGGGGAGGCUCUUCAGGACCGGGGAAAGGCCUGGGGCUUCCCAGAAAACGCGACGGCCCCCAGGAGCCCAUCUCACAGCCCUGAGCACAGACGGACAGCACGCACAACACCUCCGGGGCAACAGAGACCUCACCCGAGGUCUCCCAGUCGCGAGCCCAGAGCCGAGAGAAAGCGCCCCAGAAUGGCCCCAGCUGAUUCCGGCCCCCAUCGGGACCCUCCAACGCGCACCGCUCCCCUCCCGAUGCCCGAGGGCCCUGAGCCCGCUGUGCCCGGGGAGCAACCCGGGAGAGGCCACGCUCACGCCGCUCAGGGUGGGCCUCUGCUGGGUCAAGGCUGCCAGGGCCAACCCCAGGGGGAAGCGGUGGGGAGCCACAGCAAGGGGCACAAAUCGUCCCGAGGGGCUUCGGCUCAGAAAUCGCCUCCUGUCCAGGAAAGCCAGUCAGAGAGGCUGCAGGCGGCCGGCGCCGAUUCCGCCGGGCCGAAAACGGUGCCCAGCCAUGUCUUCUCAGAGCUCUGGGACCCCUCAGAGGCCUGGAUGCAGGCCAACUACGAUCUGCUGUCCGCUUUUGAGGCCAUGACCUCCCAGGCAAACCCAGAAGCACUCUCCGCGCCAACGCUCCAGGAGGAAGCUGCUUUCCCUGGACGCAGAGUGAACGCUAAGAUGCCGGUGUACUCGGGCUCCAGGCCUGCCUGCCAGCUCCAGGUGCCGACGCUGCGCCAGCAGUGCCUCCGGGUGCCUAGGAACAAUCCGGACGCCCUCGGCGACGUGGAAGGGGUCCCCUACUCGGUUCUUGAACCCGUUCUGGAAGGGUGGACGCCCGAUCAGCUCUACCGCACAGAGAAAGACAAUCCCGCACUCGCUCGAGAGACAGAUGAAUUAUGGAGGAUUCAUUGUCUCCGGGACUUCAAGGAAGAAAAGCCACAGGAGCACGAGUCUUGGCAGGAGCUGUACCUGCGGCUUCGGGACGCCCGAGAGCAGCGGCUGCGAGUAGUGACCACGAAAAUCCGAUCCGCACGUGAAAACAAACCCAGCGGCCGACAGACAAAGAUGAUCUGUUUCAACUCUGUGGCCAAGACGCCUUAUGAUGCUUCCAGGAGACAAGAGGAGUCUGCAGGAGCCGCUGACCCCCGAAAUGGAGACAUCGAGCCAGCCCCCAAGCCCGCAGGAAGCAGCCAGGCUCCCUCCGGCCUCGGGGACGGCGACGGCGGCAGCAUUAGCGGCGGCAGCAGCAAUCAGCACGCGGCGCCCGCGGACAAAACCCGAAAACAGGCUGCCAAGAAAGUGGCCCCGCUGAUGGCCAAGGCAAUUCGAGACUACAAGGGAAGAUUCUCCCGACGAUAA